AUGGGUAUGCACUGGGGAGAGAUGUGCAACAACAUCCGUGGUGUUGUCACAUACAGCUUGUCACCCUACGAACAGAAGGCUUUCGCUAACGUCAUCUCAAAGGGUGUGCCCAACAUGGUCCGGCGAAUCAGGGGACAAAUAUUCAGAGUUACACCUCCUUUCAUUGCCGGAUACCUGAUUUAUGAUUGGGCUAUAAAGGAACAUGCACGCUUGCAGCGCAAGGACCCCAGUGAAUUUGCCAAUGAUGUGUAA